GUCGGCCCGGCAGAGGCCCGCUGGGAGCCGGGAAGGAGCAUGCGUGGAAGCUCGGUAGGGCACGGGGCGGUGGCGGGGCUUCUCGACCAUGGCGGAGAGGUUGGGCGAAGACAAGGAUCUUGGUCCCAACCCGUCGGUGCUGUUCCUGCACCCGGACCUGGGCGUGGGCGGCGCCGAGCGGCUGGUGCUAGACGCGGCGCUGGCCCUGCAGGCGUGCGGAUGUAGCGUCAAGGUCUGGACGGCGCACUACGAUCCCAGCCACAGCUUCGCGGACAGUCGCGAGCUGCAGGUGCACUGCGCCGGGGACUGGCUCCCGCGCAGCCUGGGCUGGGGAGGCCGCGGGGCCGCGGUCUGUGCUUACGUGCGCAUGAUCUUCCUGGCGCUCUACGUGCUGUUCCUCGGCGAUGAAGAGUUCGACGUGGUCGUGUGCGACCAGGUGUCCGCCUGCAUCCCGGUGCUCAAGCUGGCCAGACGGCCCAAGAAAAUCCUGUUUUAUUGUCACUUCCCAGAUCUGCUUCUCACCAGGAGAGAUUCUUUUCUGAAACGCUUGUACAGGGCGCCGAUUGACUGGGUAGAGGAGUACACCACGGGCAUGGCGGACUGCAUCUUGGUCAACAGCCGGUUUACAGCUGCCGUUUUUAAGGAAACAUUCAAGUCCCUGUCUCACAUAGACCCCCAUGUCCUCUACCCAUCUCUGAAUGUCACCAGCUUUGACUCUGCUGUUCCUGAAAAGCUCGAUGACCUUGUCCCCAAGGGGAAGAAAUUCCUGUUCCUCUCCAUCAACAGAUAUGAAAGGAAGAAAAAUCUGACUUUGGCACUGGAAGCCCUAGAAGAACUGCGUGGAAGGUUGACAUCCCAGGAUUGGGACAAGGUUCAUCUAAUCAUGGCCGGUGGUUAUGACGAAAGAGUCCUGGAGAAUGUGGAACACUAUCAGGAAUUGAAGGAAAUGGUCCGACAGUCUGGCCUUGGACAGUGUGUGACCUUCCUGCGGUCUUUCUCAGACACACAGAAAAUCGCACUUCUCCACGGCUGUACCUGUGUGCUUUACACACCGAGCAAUGAACACUUCGGCAUCGUCCCUUUGGAGGCCAUGUACAUGCAGUGCCCAGUCAUUGCUGUGAAUUCGGGUGGGCCCCUGGAGUCCGUCGUCCACGGCGUCACAGGGUUUCUAUGUGAACCUGACCCAGUGCACUUCUCAGAAGCGAUGGAAAAGUUCAUCCAUGAACCUUCCUUAAAAGCCACAAUGGGACUGGCUGGGAGAGCCAGGGUGAAGGAAAAGUUCUCCUCUGCAGCUUUUACGGAACAGCUCUACCAGUAUGUCACCAAACUGCUGGUAUAAUCCAACUUUUUUUAAAGGCCUUUAUGCUAUAUUCGUUAGUAUCAAUUUUUAUAGAUUGUAGACUCACUUUUGAAACCGAAAAAGAAACCUAAAAUCUAUUGCAGAAGAGAUUAAAAGAAAAAUGCACUUGAAAAAAAAAAAAUGCACUUGAAUCUUGAAUCUGAACCACUUCCCCAUGCACUGCUCCUUUUCAUCUACUUUUUAAGAAAAAUGGAAUAUCUUUUAUGCUGUAGUUAUUCCAUGUCUUACUAGUGUUAAGAUAUAAAAAUGGUACAAUUCCACAUUCAUCAAAAAAUUUCAAUUAUAAUUCUCUAGAUUAUUAUUGCUUUGACUGUAAAUUUUGAGUUAUAGUGUGCCUUGGUACACUAUAGUUUAAUUGUAUCAUCAUUAAAGUUGAUUAAUUUGGGUUCAUAGCAUAAUGAGAACAGGAUCACUGUAGUCCCCAAAAUCAGUGCAUUCACUAUCCUGUGUUAGUAAAUUUUUGCUAGUCAUACCUUCUCCUGGACCCAUAGCAAGAAUGUUCUGUACUUUUUUACAAAGAUGAUUUAUUAUAUUUUUGCACACAGAGAUGUGACAGUAAAAUAUGUUUAUCAUAGGAAAAGAAAGCAUACUAGAUUUUGGCCUCUGUGAUCUGGGAUCGUUAAGAGUGUGGACAGCCAAGCCUGAAGUCUGAAACUAGAGUAAACAAGGUGUUAAAAGUAAGAGGACGUCCUCACUCAUGGGUGUGCGUCUGAUGUAAGUUUGGUUUCUUCAUGUCAUCUGAGUCAUCGGCUUUGUUAGUGUUGGUGUUUGGUUAGGGAAGCUCCUACUAAGCAUAAGACAUAAUUGCUUUGUGUCCUUCAAGUCCUGCGCCAGAUGUCAUGGCUGUGGAGCUUUCCUUGACCCCCACCCCCUUCCUCCUCCCUCCUGCCAGCCUAAACGUGGUUCUCCUCUGCCAUGGACCCUAGCCCUUUUGUGGCCCGGACCAGUCUUACAGUUUCUUACUUACCUGUUGGCCUAAGUACAAAUAAACGUAAAGCACUUUUCAACAUAUCUUCACAGCUAAAUUCUUUUUUUUUUUUUUUACUUUUUUUUUAAUUCCAGCCCAACAUGGGGCUUGAACUCAUGACCCCAAGAUCAAGAGUCUCAUGUUCUACCAGCUGACCCAGUCAAGUACCCUAAAAGCUAAAUUCAUCUUUAGAAGAGCAAUGAUCACUAGCCAAAGGCUUCUCAUUGAUCAAUUCUAAGAGUAUAGACGUGAGAGCCUAAUAGCCUGUUUGACCUUGGAUGAAUUACUUCAUUUCUCUGCCUCAGCUUCUUCAUCUGCUGUAAUAUUCUACAUUCUUCAUAGAGCAGUUACAGCAGAUUACCAUAAUAUAUGUGAAAUAUUUAAAACAGUACUUGGCACAUAGUAUGGGCUAUAUAAAUGUUAGCUAUUUUGUUACUUGGGUAUAUUGAAAAGCUGUAGAAAUUCCACAGGGGUUCAUGCUGCACUACUAUAUUGUUCUUUGGGUUGUUUUUGGUUGUUUUUGUUUUUUUU